CAUCACCAUCGCUUUUAGUUAUUAUGGUGACAUCUCCCCGCACACCAUGAUACUCAUAUACAUCACAUGUCUCGUGAGCAGUGUAUCCUGCCUCAAGCUCAUUCAGAAUGCAAAUAAUACAUCAAAUCAUAAUGUCACUACAUUAUAUCCAGUCGAGAACAUUGCACAUCAUAGAGAAGCGAAUAAUGUCUUCAGAGAUAACAUGAAUAAAAAUAAUGAGAAAGAAAUUAACCAAACCCAAUCAAGAGAUAAAACAAGUAACACUGAGUUAAAAAAAUAUAAUAGUAACAUUUUAAGUACACUAAAAGAAGCAGAACUUGAACAACUUCAAAAUAAUAAUGAAGUCGAAAUAUCAUUAAAAGAAAAACAAGAUCACAAGAAUGGAAUAAAACUGUUUACUGAUACGACUUCUUGGAAAGUUAAUGCUACUUAUGCAAAAUCUAAGUUAAAUAUUAAUGAUGAUAAGUCUAAUAUAACUGAUAACAGCUAUAAUAUUGAAAAUGAAAGUUUCAAAGGAAAAGAAUUCAAGCCGAGUCCGCCUUUAGGAUAUUUCUAUGAUGAAGAUAAGUUCGUUGUACCUACGCAAGCAACUGUAGGAUCAUUUAAUCCGCACGUUUCUAAGCCGUCAAUAGAGAUUGUAAGCUCCCCGAGAGACUUCUUCCCAUUAGACUACAAACAACCUGUUAGUUCGUAUAACGUUGCAAUUGAUUCGCCUUACAAAUUCGAGCAUAUCUUACCAAGAACCAAAGACUGGAAAUUCGAAACAGGUCUAGAAAUCAAACCAACCAUGGAGGCGCCGGUGAUGAUACCAGCAGGUGGGCUUUACAAGUUACCGGACGCAUUCAAAGAGAAACCCGGUUCUGACGGUGACGAUGAUGAUUUUGGACUAGACUUUAAGGAUUCAAAAGAUACAGCUUUAAAGAAACGUUCUAGCCCAUGGAAAAAGAUAUUAAACUUGAUAACAGCUCUGGUACCUGUUGGCAUCAUCAUAUCCGCACUCACGCCCAGCAUCAUCACUCUAGAGAGCGCUGAUAAUAACCCUCGUUUUCCAUCUCGUAUUUCCCGGAGGUCGGAAGAAAGCGUCGCCGAACUUCCGUCGAUCAGUGAACGAUGUAAGCGAAGAUUGCUCUGUGAAUUACAUUCGAAUGGAAACUAUAUGCGCGUUCCGUCAUCACUACGCAGACCGAACUUAUGCUACAAGAUCCCUUGUAACGACCCUCAGGCUCUGAGUAAAGUUCUUAGUUGGUUAUUUCAGCACCAUGACAGCCGUGGUCACCAUUACGCCCUUCAUGAUAGACGAGGUUUUAUUACGUAA